AUGUCACCUGAUCUUCGACGUCCACAGCUUCAUCCUGACCUUUCUGAAGUACACAAUACAUUCCCCUCAAACGAAAAGAUCAGUUCUCGAGAAGAGCUCGAAAUUCGUCGCAAAGCCCUCAACUUUUCACUAGAAGACACCAUCUGUGGGAAGGAAGAUGUCAUCUCUCAUGAAGAGGAAUAUAUUCCCGGACCGACAGGUCUUAGUAUGAAAGCAUCGAUCUUCCGUCCAAAGGCCGCACAAAAGGGUGGACACCGAGCUCCGGGAAUACUCCACAUCCACGGUGGUGGACAUUGCAGCGGGAACCGCUUCAUGGGAGUGGGAAGUGUGCUAGGCUGGGUCGAACAGUUCGGUGCAGUCAUUGUCUCUCCGGAAUACCGCCUCGCCCCGGAGAAUCCUCAGCCAGCACAGAUAUAUGAUAGCUAUGCAGCACUGGAGUGGAUGUGCGACAACGCAGAAGCCCUGGGCAUAAGCAAGGAUAAAAUAAUUGUCUGCGGUGGUUCGGCUGGGGGAAACCUCGCUGCUGGUGUCGUUUUACUUGCACGCGAUCGCUCAGGACCGAAGAUACUUGGCCAGUUGUUGAUGUAUCCGUGGCUCGAUAACAGCAAUACAACUGUUUCGAUGCAGCAAUUCGGCGAUGUUGCUCCAUGGACCAAGUCAAAUAGUAUCGAUGCUGGCAAGUAUGCAUUGGGCGAGCAUGGCGAAAAUGCUACUAUGUACACUGUCCCGUCGCUCGCGAAGGAUCUCGCUGGCCUACCACCAACAUUCAUCGAUGUUGGUGAGGCUGAUGUAUUUCGAGACGAGGAUGUCGACUAUGCAUCUGCACUGUGGAAGGCUGGUGUAUCCACCGAGCUACAUGUUUGGCCGGGCUGCUGGCAUGCAUUUGAUGUCUUUGUGCCGGAUGCUCCAAUUAGUCGUCGGGCUCAAUUAGCGAGAAGCAAUUGGCUGGAUAGUUUGAUCUAUAGCCAAUGA